AUGUCACUUCUUCAUAAUGGUACCAAGCCGGAUGGUUCUAUACACUUGAUAAUAUAUAUGGAUAACAAAGGUGCAUUUUAUUGUGAACUUAAUUAUAUUGAAUCUUUUUGGACUGAGGCCAAACAUUAUGAAAGGCUUAAUUGUGAUUACACUUUUAAGAGUCUUAAACAAAUUGUCCUAAAAGCAUUAGACUCUGUUGGAUUAAUAAAGAUUCAUCACUUUGCUCAUUGUUCUGCAUGCUUUAUGAGUGCAUAUGAACUUGGACUUUCUAGAAAGGCUACUGCUUUUGCA